AUGGAACAAAACUACAUCAUCGUGCAGGGAAAAGAUAAGAAAGUCGUCAAAGUCCAAGUUCGAUGUGGUCAAAUCAACGAAUACACUCUGCGACGUGCAUUUCAGCUUGAUAAAGAAUUGCCAGUUUCACUUUGGAAAGAUGACUUGUUUCUGGGGGUCCGUCCCGAAGGCGUCGGUAAUGAAGGGUACGAAGUCACCGUCGUGAACAUCGAAGAGCACUUGGGCCUCAUUGUACUCCGAAGCGAAAAGGCUAUUGGCCCGAAAUCGCCGCGAUUGGUUCCAGCUGAGAAAUCUGAGAGCUUCCUCCUGGCAGGAUUUGGCGACAUGAACACUGGAACACAGCAAUUAGUCUACUCAACCGGAAUCGUUCACUCAGUUGGCCACCAUUUCUGCCGCAGUGGCAAAUCGAUGGGUCCAUUAGUUUUGGGAACUCUACCGGGUUCGAGACGAGAUUCAGGCGGAGCAUGCUGGAGCGCCAAGGGGCUUAUUGGUAUCAUUUGUGGUGUUAUCACCGUGCCAGAGACGACCUACACCCACGCAAUUUCAGAAGAGGCAAUCUACAGUCCCACGAAUUAUAUAUCUCCGGCAACUAAGAUUAGACUAUCUAUCGUGCGUGAAUUGGGAAACGAGAAAUGUGCUUCUAUCAAAGCUUCUGUUGAGAAGAAGGGGGAGACGACCACUUGCCUUGUAUCCUUCAAUUGUUUGUUGAUGGCACAAAACAUAUUUGUUCCUUCAUCGCCACCUCCAAUGGCUCAAUCCAUAGACAAAUGGAUGUACUAUGCUUUCCAUUUUGGGUCCAUUUUUCCUCGGAACUGUACAGAGUUCACCCGGAGCUUCAGGCGGCGCUUGCUGGAGCGUCAAUGGACUUAUUGGCACAAAUUCCCCAAGAAUUAUAUGAUUCCGGCGACUCUCAUUCAGGAAUGUCUCGAGGAUCAAUUGAAGAAAGAAGAAGAGGAGGAGAUAAGAAAGAAGGAAGAGGGCUCUCUCGAGAGGAAAGCGGACUCUCCAGAUGUUUUCUGUCUUGCUCAGAGGAAGAAGAAACUCGGAGAGUCGGGCAACGAGGAGGAAAUGGGUGAAAAGAGAGGAGGAGAAAAAGAGGUUGGAGAUCUCAAGAAGAAAGAGGGACCAACCUGUCUUGCACUAGUCGCUUAUUUGAAGUUCUAUGUGGCCCUCACAAUUUUCGUGUCGGGGUGUCGGUCGGAGUCAAUUGUAUGCCGGUGCUGUUGCUCGCCAUUGAUUGCCGUUCCCGGGCUCGUCUUUCUCUUCGAACGAAUCGGAAGCGCCAAAAGUUUUUGUGCCAUCCAAGGCGAUCGCACUUGGAGUGCUCAGACUUAUCCAGGUGAUGGUCGUUAUUGUUUCGAUCCGAGUGUUGCACCUUUGUCGAGCAAAAAGAGAAAGGCAAUCACUGAGCUUUCGCACACUCACCUCAAGACUGUUCCCAUGGGACCCGGUCCCUCACAAGCAGAAAAUGAAAGCGUUGGCCCGCCAAUGAGCAACAAUCAAGUGAACAUCGGAAGCGAGAAAAAGUCUCGACGCUAUUCGACAUCUAAGAAGGAACUUGACAACGUGCUGAGCAAUCGCUCAAAGGACAAAAGCGAGACGAUUGCUCGAGUGAGGCAGCUGCAAGGGAAUGCUACUGCAAAGUCAACGAGCACGCCGAUUUUGUUGGAGAGUACCACCGAUGCCUCAAAGUCGGAACAAACGUUUGUCUUUGUGCAAGGAAAAAGAAUCAUUUAUGCAAAUGGUUUCUCGGAUGGACCGCCGACAUUACAACCCGAAAUCAUCUUCUCGAAUAGCUCAAAGCACGCACAACAAUUAGAUCAAAGACCAAUUUUGCUUUUGGAUCGUCGUCCCAUCAAUCGC